GUGUUUAAGCAAUAUUUCUUCCUGGUCUAACAUAUGUAAAAGUUGUUGGUGUAACCAACAGGUUGAUUCAGAGUCAUAUUAAGUAUUAUUUUUGUCUUAACACAACCAGUUACUUUAUUUAUUUAUGUAUUUAUGUAUAAUUUUGGUAUACCUGAAAAAAACGUUAUAUAUCUUUGUCUGUGUCUUUACUUAAAAGUAGUCUAUAGGCUAUUACUGUAUUAAAACCAGAAAUUAAUAAAAAAAAAUUAAAAAGUUAGAAAUUAAUUGAAAUUUUAGGCAGCUUUCUAUUUGAAUGAAAAAAAAAACAGAAAAGAAAGAGAAAGAAAAAGAAAAAAACAGUGUUCUCAUUGCAGUGUUGGGCGGUAGCGUCGCUACAAGUAGUGAUGCUCGUAGUUUAACUACAUUUCUCAGUAGCGUGUCACUUCUUUCUGAAUCAAAUAGCUUUUCAGUAUAAGCUCUUUUUUUGAUCAAGUAGCGCGGUAGCGUCAACAAAAGCUAACGUUACAUUUUCCAAAGAAAGCAUUCUGAAACUCGAGCUCAAAUCAGAAAUAUAACAGCUACGGAUCACUGAUCCUGGAUCAGUAAGUGACACCACAGACACUAAAGCUCGUAACGCCAUUGGCUAAUCAAGCUGUCAGUCAAACCUCAUUAUUCCUCCCGCCUCAGUCGUCAAUGAAUUGCGGCGUGCAGUUGGGUAUAUGUCGAACGUCACCUCACAAACCCGGAAAAAAGGUCUCAUCGCUUCCGCUUUGUCGGAGAACGUAUUAAUAGCAGUAUUAAAAAAUGGCGAUAUCAAUGGACUUUUAAGGACUGUGUCCAGUACACUGUGCCCAUUCACUGUGCACAUCCACUGUACACAUUCUCAACUUCUCUGACAGGACAAGACCAUAUAGUACAACGUUAAGAAUUCUGCAGUCUUGAAAACACAAUCUGAACCAUGACAACUAAAUCCCCAGAAAAAAUCAAGGAGGAAUUUCUGUCAUUCAUUAAAGAAGAUGCUGUGGACCUCUGUGGAAUAGCAAAUUUCGUAAAGCAUCAUUGCAACUCUACAAUUCCUCUUGUGAAACCAAGAGGUUGUACUCUGAGAGUUUGUGGGCUGGAAGAAACAGUGUACGAAGGGGAUGAAGAACAGCUUGAAGCCUGGAAAGAUUAUUACCUGCCAGAAAGGAUGGAAAUGGAGGUGAUUGGUGCCAUUGAUGACUUCCCAUGUGAUGCAUCCGGUCUGCAGUUGGUGCUUUUGUUGGGUGAAGAUGGAAGGGUCUUUGCUUGUGAGGAUGAGCUUCUGCACCUCGUAGCCAGGAAUUUGAGGGACCUGUUCCAGUGUGAAAUGGCUUUUCCUGGAAUAGAGACCUUCAAGCUUGGAGAGUGUUUUGAAGAGCCGACUGAGGAAGAAUAUCUUGAAAUGAUGGAAAGUGAUGAUGUCAAAGAAAUGAAGAUAUUACACAUGCAGUACAGAGAAUCUCUGGAGCUUGAAUUGCUGAACACUAUGAAUGAAAUCACAAAGAGCCGUAAGGUUCAUAAACAAGAACAAGUGGUUUCAGAGGAGUUCACUUCAAGCACAAAACAAAGAUUUCAGGAAAGUUCAUCAAUAUGCUGUUGCAAGAUGGAAAACAGAGAAAAAGUUUGGUACAGUCAUUGUCAUUACAGGGCUUCUUGCCAAUCAAACCAUGAGCUUAUGGUGUAAAAUUACAUGAAUCCUGUUCUGUCUUGAUCUUCUGCUCUGUAAAACCCAACAAGUUAGGUUAACUCAAACCGUUUGAGGCAACCGAUUGCCUUAACACAUUUAAGUUUUUAAAAAAACAAUUAUGAGUGCUCUGAACUUAUUUCAGUUGAGUUCACUAAAAUAGGAUAUACAUUGCAGUUAGGUAAUUAAGUGAUUAAUUAAGUGCUAAUUGAGCAUUAGUGAUGAACACCUGC